GAAACUUGUCAGAGGAAAACACACGACACUGACACAAGAUGGAGAUCACAACAAUCACCUUAGUGCUCACCACACUGAGCAUCACUCCCAACAGAUCUCAGUUCUUCCAGCAUGACCGUAUCGCUCUGAGCUGUGCGACACCGGCAAACUCCCGCGGCUGGUUAGUAAGAAGAAACACCUCCUCUGGGGCGUUUCAAAUGUGCAAGGUUGGCUGCAGGAUCCCUAAUGAGUCCUCCUGCACCAUAAAGCGUGCUGUCCCAUCAGAUACCGGAGUGUACUGGUGUCAGUCUGAGAAGGGGGAGAAAAGUAACACUGUCAACAUCACAGUGACAGCUGGUGCUGUGAUCCUGGAUAGCCCUGCACUUCGUGUGACAGAGGGAGAAAAUGUUAAACUUCACUGUUCAUUCAAGAAAGAGAAAGAUGAAUCUAAAUCAGAUUUCCCUACCACGUUUUACAGAAAUGGUGUUUUCAUCGGAAAUGAGACUGCAGGGACGAUGAUCCUCCCCGCGGUGUCCAAGUCUGAUGAAGGCUUCUACAAGUGUAAACACCCCACAAAAGGAGAGUCACCGCAGAGCUGGCUGUCUGUGAGAGAUGUUUCUACCACUCCUCCUCUGGCCACGUAUCUGCACUGGCUGAUACCAUUGCUGGUCAUCCUGCUGUUAAUCCUUUCUGUUCUCGUACUCAUAGUGUACAGAAGGAAGGGUCAAGCUCAAGGUGAUGCUUAUAUGAGACCUCAUGCUCAGCUUGAACUGGAAUGAAGAACAACAUCUACAAUAUAUGCUGGCCAAUAUGACCGUGAAGGCUAUUAAAUAUGUUUUUAUCUUCCUGUUAACAUGCUGUAUUUGUUUAUCUUCUAUCUGAGGUAGUAUGACAUGAUUCUUCUGAGGUUUAAUGCUUAGCUCUCACUGAAAAACUGAAGUUUUUGUAUCUGAGUUUUAUGUUCACAAGCACAAAACAGCAGUUAGAGCCGUAUGUCUUGUGCUUUUCUGUUCACUCUCUCUCUUUGUCUGCAGUGCUCCCCCAGAUGUUGCCUUUCCCCCUCUGCAGCACUGAGGAUGUAUAUGUCUCCACUCAGAGGGCAGUUUAGAGCUAACGAUUUGCUUUCUUCUUAUAAGAAAGUCGUUCUGUGUUCUACACCGUACGUUUCUAUUUGUAUUUUUGUUAAUUGUUAAUAAAUAACUUAUUUUUUUUGUUUGCA